AUGCCGAAGAAGCAUAAGCGAGUCUACGAAGUAAAGCCUGCCGGUACCCCGCAUCAUUCUCUGUCGACAAACAGAGGUCCUCGAAAUGGCCAAAAUGGGUCCUCAGAGACCCGGUCGGUCAACGAUCUCAUCUCUCACUUGCGCCGCACCCAAAUAGCCUCGAACUCCGACACCCCUCAAAUCCCGUCAUCGCCCCUGAUCCCCGUCCAAAGAUCUGUACAUCCUGCUUUGCGCCACCAUCUCUCGCUUCCAGACUCUCCACAGCCUCGGCCGCAACGCAAUGGCACACCUAUUGGUGAGCGUCCUCGGCGAGUAGCCCCGGGCCCUCGAGCACCAGAGAGCUGGCUGACUGCUCGUGACCACAAUGCGGAGAUCGCUAUGCGCGCCGUAGAUGAAACGACUUCCAGAACUCGCAUGGGUCACAUCCAUCGCUUCCCCGGCGCCCGGUCUCUUGGUCCGAGCAGUCUAACCCAUCAGAUGCUAAAACAGCUCAGCGAAAAUUGGCCCAAAAUGAAAGAGGAGUAUGGUGUAUACCUUUCCCUAUUGCCAAACCACCUGAAGGCUUUAUUGUUUAGCUAUCUGUGCCAAUACAGCCCCGCCAAUUCAUGCUGGCACGAAACACUCAAUCCGUUCUAUCCGUUGCUUAUCUCCAGGGAGACCGCUUACGCCACCAAAAAACAUGAUCCGGAGUUUCCAGCGGAGCAAUGCAUCUUUGCAGAUUCCACCUUCACGCGACUGGAUCUCAGCUGGGCAAUUGAGCACGGGGUGUCUUUGGCACAACUGCACUCUCAGCUCGCGCUCCAGCAACCCCAGACGCAUAGUUCGGCGGAUAUCGUUCCAGAAUCGUGGGACGAGAUACCUGCAGGAUCAGGCUCAAUACCAUCUCCUUUGUUCCCUAAUAAUCGGUUCCAAGAACUCAAGUAUCUAUUUCUGGCCCAUCCUGGAAAACGGGUGUCGUGGAAUUCGCUUCUGCCGGUCUUCCAGCAUAUCCCAAAGUUGACCCAUCUAUCACUGGCCUACUGGCCAGCACCGAGUGGCGCAACUCCUCACGGUAUUUUCUCGUCCGCAGUCCAUCCGACGAACGGAUGGCUGGCAGAUCCCACCAACGGGGGCUGGAGCGACGAACAGACCAGAGAUGCCGCAACUUUACGCGAGCUGUCGCGCCUGACCUCUUGUCUUGAAUGGCUUGAUCUUGAGGGCUGCACGGAAUGGAUCAGAGCGCUGGCUUACACCGGCAUCGACCCCGACGGCCGCCCUAUCCACUUGGAUCUGGUGGCCCAGAGUGGAAUAGGGGUUGGCGGAAGGUGA